AAUUAAAUAUGAGUUCAAAUAUUAUGCCAAAUAUUAUUCCAAAUAAUUAUACUAUGGAGAAUUAUUCAACCAAAAAUGACUUCGCUAUUUAUCAAAACGAUGAACCUAACAUUCGACAAAUUUCAAGCGUAGGAAUGCAAAAUAACUUUAUCAACCCUGCGGCUCCCAAAUCUGAGACAUAUGAAUGUUAUUUGCCUAUGCCAAACGAACGGCGUUUCUUUCAUGUUACGUAUACCGAGAUAGAUGAGUUUGAAAUCACGCAACUCUUGAAUAAUAAUAUUAAUUUAUCUCACAUUCCUAAUCACCAGUUUCCACAUCACUAUAAUAUACAAAAUUCAAUUCAAAGGCAUAUUAUUCAGAAUUCUCAGCAAAAUUACAAUUUUUAUAAUGGCAUUAAUGACAUUCGAGAAGAUACUAUGGGACCUGGCUAUGAUUACAUAACAGAUAUACCAGAUAUACAAAAUUCAUCAGGGCAUGAGGUCUUACUGCAGCAAAAAAAUUAUCAAUUAUAUAAUGACACAGUGACACACAGUGACGCAGACUUAACUGAUGAAUUUUAACAGAAUUAUAAUUAAAGCAAAAAACCAACGUUGGUGAAAUUGUUUUAAAUUGUUAAGUCACUAAGAUCUGCAUACAAUGGACACUUUCGUAAUGAUAAAUUUUAACUAUAAAAUUUAAUUUUAUUAUGAAAAGACUUUUCAUUUAAAAUUUCCACAUUUUGUUAUUAUUCUAAAUGAAACCAAUUUGGAAUGCAUUGUUAUAUCAGAUGCGUAUUGUAUACAAAAGUUAAUUUUAACUUUAAAAUAGGUUUUAACAAAAAGCUUUAUUAUAGCUUUAACGAUUGUAACAGCUAGCUAAAACUUAAAUUAUUGGUUUCAGUUAAAGUUGGUAUCACUACAAUUAUGCCAACAAUGAAAAAAGUAUAUUUGACAUUAUUAUAUUAUCAUAAUUAUAAUUUGAUUUUUUUUUUUUUACUUUUCUU